UCAGCUCUGGUAUAAAUCCGCAGGUUACACCCAGUUUCCGUUCCAUUUUAAUUUCAGAGUCUAGUGUUUCAGAUUUGCCUAUGUGCGAACUUCUGGGCUCUUUCCCCUGCUCUGCCUAUUGGCCCUGAUCUCAAUGACACUCCUCUGGCCGAGCUAACAUUUCCCUGCUGCAGCUGCACUCACUUCAGUGCGAGGGACUUGCUUUUAAUGUUUAACUGUAAGAGGGUAUGAAAGGGAGAGUGAGAGAGGCAGGGGGAAGUGCAUCUGGGAAUGAAAGAGGUGAAAGUGAAGGUAACUCUAUGGGGUUGAAUCAUUGCACUUUAUACACUGCUAGAGAAGUUUGCAAGAUGGGCUUCAGCUAAUGUUUGAUGACAUGAGUAUGGUGAGAACAGGCACUCGGACAGACAUACAGCCAAGACAUGUGAUUGGCAUCUAAAAAGUUACUCAAAAAGCCACCGGAGUGUACAGUCUGUUAUGGGCAGUGGCUGCAGCAGGGGCAGUAGCAGUGUACUUAUUGCCCGCAGUCAGCAGCCCAGACCUCCAUCCAAGGGAGAGCCUUCAGUUGGCAACAGACUUCAGGAAGAAACAGUCUCCUGCGAGAUAAAAACAGAAGAUGAACCUACUAAAGAGGGGAAAGAGACCGAGACAGGCAGAUUGAGACGAAGGGACGGAGAUGAAGACCUUCAGCUGCUUGAUGAGUUGUUGGAAGAGUCCCAGGACUGCUUGUCUGAUAACGCUCCUAAAUUCAAGGAGCAGACUGUGGAGUCCAGAUGUCACCUCACAAGCCCUCUGUCAGGGCCACAAAUCUAUGGAGAGAGACCCCUCAAUCCUGACACGUCAUGGACGAUACAGGGACAGCCACAGCUGCAACCGACCGCUUCCCUGCUCCACAAUAUCCAUUUUAGACAACAAGACUCCAGCAGCAAUAUAGUUCUGAAAACCAGAAAUACCCAAGAUGCAGAGAACAACAAUCUUCCCUAUCAACUCCAAGGUACACAGGAGGCUGUAGAGGAAAAACCAGCUUUAAAGUACAAUAAAUCUGAAGAAGCGCUUAUGGAGGUUAUCACACGGCAGUAUUCCCAGUGAGACUUUCUCUCUAAGUGAAAAGGGCAACCAAAGCAACAGAAGAACCAAGAGGGAAAUGCACUUUAUCCAACACAACAACAGUAGCAUGUUUCCAUUACUUACACGGAAACAUUUGUCUUCAGAAAGAUCACUAAAGGUUGAAAUCCAUUUUUAUACAGAUGAAAUAAGUAAACGAUAUAUAUAUAUAUACAGGUAUAGGAUCUGUUAUAAGGAAACCCAUUAUCCAGAAAGCUCCGAA